AUGGGUUUUGCAGACACAAAGAUCGUGGUAAUCGGCGGGGGCCUGGGAGGCAUGGCGUUCAUGAAUGCAGCCUUGUUCGCCGGAUUGACCGACGUGCAUCUAUACGAGCAAGCACCGGAGUUCACUGAAGUCGGUGCGGGAGUCGACAUCACGCGAAACGCUUGUCGCAUCCUCGAUUCGUAUGGGUUGAAAGAGAAGAUGCUCUGGAAAUCCAAUAGUGAUCCUCCUCAUUUUAUGGAGUACCGCGAUUGGAAGACGGCCGAAUACUUGGGCCAGAUCGAUGAAUGGGGUGAGCCGGCCUCGCGUCAACUCCACCGUGCCGAUCUUCUGGACGUGCUGAAGGAUCGGAUUCCGGCGGACCGGCUGCACCUUUCCAAGAAGCUCUCUGCCAUCGAGCCCCAGGAACACGGGCCGGCAUACCGAGUGAUCUUCGAAGAUGGAACCGUCGCCGUAGCCGAUAUCAUCGUCGGAUGUGAUGGGAUUCGGUCUCAGGUGCGCAAACACCUGGGACUGGACGAUGAGCUGGUCUACUCUGGGCAAGUUGUUUAUCGCACCUAUAUCGACUACAAGGACCUCCCACCAGCCACCGCAGAAAUGCUAAGGCGGGUAGUUAUUUUCCGGGGCAAGCACAAGCAUAUCCUCACUCUCCCAAACGGGAACGAAGCGUCCGGUUCGGCGCGGAUCUGCGUGGUUGCAUUUAUGCCGGAGCCACUCGCGCAGUGGACAGCCCAGCAAUGGGUUAUCCGGGACGAAAUUGACCACUUCGCUGCCCAUAUAACAGACUGGACAAGCGAGGCCCAAGACAUCAUUUCCGCUCUUAAGGCCGCGUCUCCCGACGGCAAAAUGUUGAAGCAAGCCUUGUACGUGCGAAAGCCCGUCGACACAUGGUUCAAGGUGUCGCCGACCCGACCGGAUUCUGGGAUCGUUUUAGUCGGCGAUUCCGUGCAUUCUACUCUUCCUCAUCAAGCCCAGGGGACUUGUAUGGCCAUUGAAUCCGGUGCCGCGCUGGCGACGAUUCUCAGGACCUGGAAAGACAACGACCUACAAAGCGCCCUAAAAUUCUAUCAGACGCUGCGAAAGCCUAGGACUGACAAAAUCACUACGACGAGCUAUGAUGCAGGUAAGCUGGGAAGCGCCGACGAUGUUGCCAAGGUCACUCCUACAUUCAAUCCGACAGUCAUUCGCGAUCGGAUGAAGUGGGUUAUGGAGUACAAUCUUCUCCAGGAUUUGAUUUCGCGCGGAAAGGACUACUUGGACAUUUCUCCCAGCACCGAACAUGGCGCCAGACUCAUUUCCGCUGCGGAAGCAUGA